GAGGGGGACGGAACUGGGCAAACGGGCCGUGUAGCAUCCCGAGGGGCGCGGAGGGCGAGCGGGGCUGAGCUCGGAGCUCCGCGGGAGCCGAAGGGCGUCGUUCGUCUCCCUCCUUCCCCUUUGUCCCCGCCCGUUGGUCCGUCUGCUCCGGGAGCUACUUUGUGUGUCCCUCCGCCCUCCCUUCUCCUCCCUCCGCCCCGUCUGCUCUCCUCCUGCUUCCCUUUCUCGUUCCCUCUCUUCGGCUGCCCUUCUCGGGGAAAGGAAGAAGGGGAAAAAGGGACAACUCCCACCCUCCCUGCUCAAAACAUCAUUUUCAAGCCUUUAAGCCGGCUCCUCCGCCCGCCGGAGGGCUCUGCUCUCCUUUGGCCUCGUUGAGGACUAGUCUCUUGAGCCGGUUCAAACCGCCAGCCAGUUUUGAUUUGGGGGCAGUGGCUGCCUUUCUCGGCUUCUUAAAACAGCCCCUCUCAGCCAGGCAGUCUCCCUCUGUCUUUGGCAGAGCCCCCCCCCCAUUCGAAGCUUCUCCGUGGUUUUUGGCAUUUAAAUUGGGGGUUUUUUUGGCUGUUUUUUGCCCUUGAGCAGGGAGAGCUGGUUCAUUGGGGAAGGGGCUGCUUUGGUGCUCCUGGGCUGCUCUGAUCCAGACCCCAGCCUCUUUUGUGGGGGCCACCCUGUAUUCUCCCCAAGGCUAGAGUAUCUCUCCUGGGUGGCCAGGAUCUGCCUGACACCCCCCACCCCUGCCCUGCCUGGCUGCUGACCCCUUCAUGCCAGUGCUGGGAUCCUCCUGCCCCACUUUUUCUGCCCCCCUCUGAUCUUUUUCUGCCCCCCUCUGAUCUUUUUCUCCCCCACACACACCAGCCCACCAUCGCCUUGCCCCAAAUUGGGGUCCAGCUUCCUCAGCAGACUCCGGCGGAAAUCCCGAGGACCAUCCUCUUCCUCCUCAUCAUGUCUGUGGCAGGGUUGAAGAAGCAGUUCUACAAAGCCAGCCAGCUGGUCAGCGAGAAGGUCGGCGGGGCUGAAGGAACCAAGCUGGAUGAGGACUUCAAAGAAAUGGAGAAGAAAGUGGACCUCACCAGCAAGGCUGUUACGGAAAUCUUGGCCCGAACGACGGAAUACCUUCAACCUAACCCUGCAUCCCGGGCGAAACUGACCAUGCUGAACACGGUUUCCAAGAUCCGAGGGCAAGUGAAGAACCCCGGGUACCCGCAGUCCGAAGGCCUCCUGGGCGAGUCCAUGAUGCGAUACGGCAAGGAGCUGGGCGACGACUCCAACUUCGGCGAUGCCCUGCUGGACGCCGGUGAAUCCAUGAAGCGCCUGGCCGAAGUGAAGGAUUCUCUGGACAUCGAGGUCAAGCAGAACUUCAUCGAUCCCCUUCAGAAUUUGUGCGACAAGGACUUGAAAGAGAUCCAGCACCACCUGAGAAAGUUAGAAGGGCGACGGUUGGAUUUUGAUUACAAAAAGAAGCGCCAAGGGAAAAUUCCGGACGAGGAAUUGCGACAAGCGUUGGAAAAGUUUGAGGAGUCCAAGGAAGUGGCGGAGACGAGUAUGCACAAUCUUCUUGAGACGGACAUCGAGCAAGUCAGCCAGCUUUCUGCUCUGGUGGAUGCGCAACUCGAUUACCACCGGCAAGCCGUGCAGAUUCUGGACGAGUUGGCGGAGAAGCUGAAACGCAGAGUGCGCGACGCCUCUUCGCGCCCCAAGCGGGAAUAUAAACCGAAGCCCAGAGAGCCCUACGAAUUCGGAGAGAGCGGAGACCAGUCGAACGGCGGAUUUUCCUGCAACCCAGUUCCCAAAGUCUCCGCAGCUUCCUCCUCCUUCCGAUCCGAAAAGCCAUCCCGGACCCCCAGCCGGAUAUUUUCCCCCCACCUGGACCAGCCCUGCUGCAAGGCGCUGUAUGACUUUGAGCCGGAGAACGACGGUGAGCUGGGCUUCCGAGAAGGCGACAUCAUCACGCUGACCAACCAAAUCGACGAGAACUGGUACGAGGGCAUGAUCAACGGCCUGUCGGGCUUCUUCCCGCUCAACUACGUGGAGGUCCUCGUCCCGCUACCUCAGUGAAACGGCUGGCGGCCUUCUCCGUUGCUCUUCCAUCCUCCUUCCUCUUCUUCCUCUUCCUCUUCCUCCCUUCCCGGCUGACCCAAACACAGCGGUGCCGGGAAGGGAGACGUCCUUUCUUACAUUCCAGGGAUGAGAGGGUACUAGCUGACACUAAUUUUGUGCCCUUCGGGGUGGGGUGGGGAAGCUUUUUUUGGGGGGGAGGGAAAAAAGGUGCCAAGGGCCGGUCCCAGAGGCUGCAGUCAAGCCGGGCAGCUGGACCCCUGGCGGGCAGGACGGAGCGGGGCCUAAGAAGCACGAAGAGGCUGCAACUGCUCGGAGCUCUCUUCUCCGGGUUGGUUCAGCCUUGUCCCUUUUGUGCAUGUCGGAACAUCUCCGCAGGACCCCACCAAGGAAGAUGGUGGCUUGUUUAGAGAAUAGAGAUCUGUGGGGAUUAUGUGUGUGUGUGUGUGUGUGUGUUUGUGCUAGCUCCGGGCAUUGCAUGGAGCGGCAGUCACCUUUGAUAAGAAAACCCACGGUCUGCCUUUGCAUAGAUGGGCUCCUCCACCGUCGUCAGGGUCCUCUUCUCCUUGUCCAUGUUGUCCUUGAGCUUCUGCUGAAGCAGCUUCACCAUCGUCGGCCUUUCCAGACAGGUCUGGCCACCAUUCUCAGAAAUCCUUAGCCAGCAUCGCCAGUCAGUUUCCAGGAAUUGUCACCCAGACUUUCCAAAGGGUUAAGUCUGCAGGUGGUUGGAAGGACUUGGAUCCGCAGUUUUCAGUAUUGUGAUUCUUGGCGGCCCAACGUAGGCCGUACCUUUUGUCGAGCAUUGUUCCAUCAGCGACACCAGUCCUGGGGUGGGAAAACCCACCUUCCGACCACGGGACCAGAGACUGAUGGGCUGCCUGGAUCCAUAAUUCAUCUCCCAAGAGGCAAAUUCAUAGCCCUUGGCCCAAGCAGACGAAGCCAUCUUGGUGUCCUUCAAACCGUUCCAACACCCCUUGUCCUCGUGAAGGCACCCCAUGAGAUCCUCAGGGGGCGCGUCCGUUCUCUUUUGAGCUGCUCAGGUUAAACUCCCCAACAAAUCUGCCUACACUACAGACAAAACCAGGAAAGGUGGUUUAAGAGGGGUGGAGUUCAAUUCCCCGCCUUUGCUGGCUGGGGAAUUCUGGGAGUUGUAGUCCAGCCGUCUUGAAAGUGGCUAAGUUCGAGAAACAUUGCCUUAAAAACCCAGGAUUGAACUGGGAGAUUAAUCCUUUCUCCUUUGGGACCUACAUCCUGCUGGAUAUCUUGGAGGGGGGGGGAAUUCCAGCUUUUUCUCUCUUCCUGGCCAUUUAAAACUGGCUUUUGUGUUUUCUCGCUGCAGGCAGCUGGGCUAAACUCUGCAAAGGCUAGUAUUUUUUUUUCCUAUGUCCCUUCCGGGGGUUGUGGGGGGAAUAGAGUAGAUUGCAAAACCUAUAGUUGCCCCCCCGAGUUGCCCCCCCCCAGUUUUUUCUAAGGCACUAUUUGGGGUGGGUGGGUCACCCCUUAUCCUUGAAACAAUUAAGCCCCCCUGCCUCUCUUCCCAUAAAGGGCUGUCUAUCCAUUAUAGAAAUUUGAAUCCAGAGCCCGGGCAGCUUAUCUAAGAAGGGGCCAGUGCCGGCACCAGCUUUGGAAAAGAGGAAUUGGUGGGGGUGGGGGUGGGGGUGGAGAAAUCUAUAGAAUCCGUACUUUAUAAUGGGAUAAUUCUUCCUGGCCUCCGACAUUAUCAGUUCCGGCCAUCUUUCUUUCUCCUUCUCCACCCCGUUGACCCGUUAUGUGAUUGCAUACAGUCCUGAACGUAUACAUGGAUUUAUCUUGUUUUAAAAUUAGCAUCUCCUCCCGGUGUGUCCAGCAGGGCUAAUGGUCUUCUUCGUGAGUCUCUCCAGACUUGGCCGUUUUAAGACUUGUGGACUUCAACUCCCAGAAUUCCCACGGAGAGCAUGGUUCAGAAGUGGCACCAGCCUCUAUAGCCCUGGGGUGUGAAGAUCCACCACGGGACUAGAGACUUGUGGGGUGUCUGGAUCCAUAAUUCAUCCUACAGGAUGGG